CAGCUCUCCUGCACUUCACCGCCAGACACCGUCGCGUCAAGCCACGAACGAGCUGGUCGGGUCCUGUAGUAUCACUAGUCUAGUCCACACCGACCAACACACACCAUGAGGGAAAUUCUCCACCUGCAGACCGGCCAGUGCGGCAACCAGAUUGGCUCAAAAUUCUGGGAGAUCAUCAGUGACGAGCACGGCAUCGACCCCAACGGCGUAUACCAGGGCGUGAGCCGGGACAUCGAGGAGCUCCAGCUGGAGAGAAUCAAUGUUUACUUUAACGAAGGUUCUGGCUACCAUCACUAUGUCCCCCGCGCCAUCCUUGUCGACCUCGAACCCGGCACCAUGGACUCCGUCAAGGCCGGACCCUACGGACAGCUCUUCAAACCUGAUAACUUUGUCUUCGGUCAGAGCGGCGCGGGGAACAACUGGGCCAAGGGUCACUACACAGAAGGAGCCGAGCUGGUAGACUCUGUUAUGGAUGUUGUGAGGAAGGAGGCGGAGAACUGCGACUGUCUACAAGGAUUCCAGUUGGCACACUCCCUGGGCGGCGGCACCGGCUCGGGCAUGGGCACCCUUCUCAUCUCCAAGAUCCGCGAGGAGUACCCAGACAGAAUCAUGAACACUUACUCCGUCGUACCAUCCCCUAAGGUUUCCGACACUGUAGUAGAGCCCUACAAUGCCACACUCUCCGUCCACCAACUGGUUGAGAACACCGACGAAACAUACUGUAUUGACAACGAAGCUCUCUACGACAUCUGCUUCAGAACUCUCAAGCUCCAGAACCCAACCUAUGGCGACUUGAACCAUCUUGUCUCUCUCACCAUGUCCGGCGUCACCACCUGCCUCAGAUUCCCCGGCCAGCUGAAUGCCGAUCUUAGAAAGCUGGCUGUCAACAUGGUACCCUUCCCUCGCCUCCACUUCUUCAUGCCAGGAUUCGCGCCUCUCACCGCCCGCAAGGCAGUCAGCUACAGGACCCUGAACGUACCGGAGCUCACCCAACAGAUGUUCGACGCCAAGAACAUGAUGGCUGCCUGCGACCCUCGCCAUGGACGAUAUCUCACCGUCGCUGCCAUCUUCAGAGGCAAGAUGUCCAUGAAGGAAGUAGACGAACAGAUGCUCAACAUCCAGAACAAGAAUACCCCGUACUUUGUCGAAUGGAUUCCCAACAACGUCAAGACAGCCGUGUGCGACAUACCUCCUCGAGGUCUCAAGAUGGCUUCCACUUUCAUCGGUAACUCGACCGCUAUCCAGGAGAUCUUCAAACGCAUCUCCGAGCAGUUCACGGCUAUGUUCAGGCGCAAAGCUUUCCUCCAUUGGUACACCGGCGAGGGCAUGGACGAAAUGGAAUUCACAGAAGCCGAGUCCAACAUGAACGAUUUAGUGUCCGAGUACCAGCAGUAUCAGGAGGCAACCAUCGACGACGAAGAGGACUUCGAAGAAGAGGACGCUCAGGAAGAAACGGACUAAAUGGUUGCUUAGCACCUAUGGAAGCCACAGGAAAAUCUUAAAAGCUCUCUGGUGGUCUUUAGGUAUCAACAGACUCCCAAAAAAAUUAUUUCCAAAUAAAUUUGGACAGUGUGGGAUAUUUAAAGAUCACUUAAUGUGUUUUUAAAGGUCAAAAAAAUAAUUCAAAAGAUUGUAGGCAACUGGAUUUUUUUUAAACACUGGUAAUGUCUUUAUAAAGUUUGAGAUCAGUCUGAGAUUUUAAAGCCUGCUCGAGAAGUUGUUUGAUAUCUGCAAAAGUCCUGCCACAGUCUUUUGAAUAUAUAAUUCCUUAAUGGUGCUCUUCUUGGUCCUCGUCCAAUCAUGAUGCAAUAUCAACGAAAACAUAUCUUGCAAGGUUGUUCGUUUGUACGCUGUCAUUCACUUGUUGAAAUGGAAGUUACGUCUUUGGACAGCCCUUGUCUUUCUUGCCCUUAUUUUUACUGCCCUUGUCUUUCUUGCCCUUAUCUUUACUGCCCUUGUCUUUCUUGUCUAAAAUUACUUGUACUAUCACAGUGAACCUUCUACGUUUCUCCUUGGAAUAUCUCUCUCUCUCUCUCUCUCUCUCUCUCUCUCUCUCUCUCUCUCUCUCUCUCUCUCUCUCUCUCUCUCUCUCUCUCUGUGUUUCUACUUCAACAAUAUAACAAUGGUUCCUGUCGCUGUUUCAAUGCUGCCCAAUAACAACUUGCAAAUUAAUGUAAACAAAAAUAUCAUUGGGGUAAAAGUAUUGAUUCGUCAAGUAAUUUGAAAAAUCAUAAGUUUAUGAAAGAAUAUAUAUCAGAUUUAUCUAAUAAAUUAUUUCACUUGGUGCUAUUUCAAAGUAGACUUUUAUAUAUAUUGAACUCAGUAAUUGGAGUUAAAUUAUCUGUCAAUGCUUUAAUGUAAUAAUAUUGGUGUUAAUGGCUAGUGUGAGUUAGACCGGUGUGUCAUGUCACUGAUGUGCCGAGUGUCUUAAGAUGUCAGGUAGGCAUUAUAUAUGAUGUCAGGUAUCAUGCAUGAUGUGAAUUAAACAAGAUUUCUAGCACGUCAUAUGUGAUGUCACGUGUCAUAUGUGAUGUUGCACAUGUGUUGGGAGCUAGGUGAUGUCACGUGUCACGUCUGAUGUCACCUUGCUGUGCAUUAUGUCACGUGGUGUGUCACGUGUCAGACGGUGAAAGUCAGACAGCUUUCUACUAAUCGGUCCUGUGUUAGUAAAUAAAGUGCCAUGUAAUUGGAGAUUGUUCAAUUGAUCGGAAAAAAAUAAAACAAAUGAAACUAC